AUGACAUGGUCAGAGAGCACGUGGGUGAGGAACAGUGGCUCAGCAGAUUCGUACACAAGCAGACCCUCAGACUCUGAUGUCUCUUUGGAAGAAGAUAGGGAAGCAAUCCGCCAAGAAAGAGAACAACAAGCAGCUAUACAACUUGAAAGGGCGAAGUCCAAACCAGUAGCGUUUGCUGUUAAGACUAAUGUGAGUUACUGUGGAGCUCUGGAUGAAGAUGUUCCUGUCCCAAGCACUGCCAUCUCUUUUGAUGCCAAGGACUUCCUACACAUUAAAGAGAAAUAUAAUAAUGACUGGUGGAUAGGAAGGCUGGUUAAGGAGGGCUGCGAGAUUGGCUUUAUUCCAAGCCCGCUUAGACUGGAGAAUAUCCGCAUUCAACAGGAGCAGAAGAGAGGACGUUUCCAUGGAGGUCUUGGAGAAAUGGUUUCUGGCACAUUUCGAGCCACACCCACUUCCACAGCAAAACAGAAACAAAAAGUGACAGAACAUGUUCCCCCAUAUGAUGUAGUACCAUCAAUGAGACCUGUUGUCUUGGUGGGUCCAUCACUGAAAGGCUAUGAGGUGACAGACAUGAUGCAGAAAGCUCUCUUUGACUUCCUGAAGCACAGGUUUGAUGGGAGGAUAUCAAUAACUAGAGUGACAGCUGACAUUUCUCUUGCUAAGAGGUCUGUUCUAAAUAAUCCAAGCAAGAGGGCAAUAAUUGAGCGGUCAAAUACAAGAUCCAGUUUAGCUGAAGUACAGAGUGAAAUUGAAAGAAUCUUUGAGCUGGCAAGGUCCUUACAACUGGUUGUCCUAGAUGCAGACACCAUCAAUCACCCUGCGCAACUUAUCAAGACAUCUUUAGCACCAAUUAUUGUCCAUGUUAAAGUGUCUUCUCCAAAGGUUUUGCAGCGACUGAUUAAAUCUAGAGGAAAGUCACAAAGUAAACACUUGAAUGUUCAGUUGGUGGCAGCUGAUAAACUUGCACAAUGCCCACCAGAAAUGUUUGAUGUAAUUUUGGAUGAAAAUCAGCUUGAAGAUGCUUGCGAACACUUGGCAGAAUAUCUUGAGGCAUACUGGCGUGCUACUCACACCACCAGUAGCACGCCCAUGACUCCUCUCCUUGGGCGAAAUUUAGGAUCCACUGCACUUUCACCAUAUCCUGCUGCAAUCUCUGGAUUACAGAGCCAGCGUAUGAGGCACAGCAGCCAUUCUGCAGAGAACUCUCCAAUUGAGCGACGAAGUCUAAUGACCUCAGAUGAAAAUUAUCACAACGAAAGGGCUCGGAAGAGCAGGAACCGCUUGUCUUCCAGUAAGAGCAGGAACUGCUUGUCUUCCAGUUCCCAACACAGCCGAGAUCACUAUCCUCUAGUGGAAGAAGAAUACUCUGACUCAUACCAGGACACUUACAAACCCCAUAGGAACCGAGGAUCCCCUGGAGGAUACAGCCAUGAUUCACGACACAGGCUUUGAGUUCAAGAA